UCAAUUUCAGUUACCCAGUAUUAUAAAACAGCAAGUAUUUAAUUUGUUUUGCCCUGUGAUUUUAUAUUGUUUGAAGAUGAUUCCCCAAGAGCAGCAACACUCACAAGAUGCCUGGGACAGAUGAUUGUGAAGGAUCUCCAGCCUCUGUCCAUAGUGGAAGACCAAGGUUUCCAAGCAUUUGUGAGAGCUCUUGACCCUAAAUAUAAUCUCCCAGGAAGAAAAAAACUGACAGAGACUCAUCUUGUUAAUAUGUGCGAUGAAUGCAAAGGCAAAGUUUUGUCAGGACAACAUCACAGGUCAGCUGCCAGUGAUGUACUCAUUGAAAUACAUCGGUACUCAGAAGAGAAAGUGAUGGCCCGAGAUAGUGAUGCACUGGUUUGGUGGAAAGAACAUGAACCAACCUUCCCAGCCUUGAGCAAACUAGCAGUGAGAUACAUGGGAAUUACUGCCACUUCUGUCCCAGCAGAGAGAGUCUUUUCAAAGGCAGGAGAGGUUCUGAGCAAAAAACGGAACAGACUAAAGGGGAAAACAGUAAAUAUGAUAUUGUUCCUCAACAAAAACCUGUAAAUUAAGUGUUAUUUAGA